AUGCUGGAUAGCGCCGAUGACGAUGACGAGGAGAACUAUGACUUUGAAUACGAAUCAGAUGACGGCGAAGAGGAAGAUGAUGCUGAUUUGGAGAACCUCUACUAUUCAGCCAAGCAGGCCAAAGAGCAUUCGACAGAGGAAGCCCUCAAGGCCUUUCGCAAAGUGAUUGAUACAGAGGAGGAGAAGGGCGAAUGGGGCUUCAAGGCUCACAAACAAACGCUCAAGCUGCUGUUCAAGCAGAAACGCUACGAAGACAUGCUCAAGGUCUACCAGAGUCUCUUGACUUACAUCAAGAGUGCCGUCACACGCAAUUACAGUGAGAAAUCCCUCAACUCCAUUCUCGAUUACAUCUCUGCCGCCGACAAGCCGGAGCUGUUACAACGCUUCUAUGAGGCAACCAUGUCAACACUCAAGGAGGCGCGCAACGAUCGGCUAUGGUUCAAAACCAACUUGAAGCUGGGCGGCGUGUAUCUGGCGCAACAGAACUGGCCCGCGCUCGAGGCAUUGGUACGCGAUUUACACGCCUCGUGUCAGACUGAGACUGGCGAAGACGACCAAAAUAAGGGCACGCAGCUCCUCGAGGUCUAUGCGCUGCAAAUUCAAAUGCACACCGAGAAGAAAGAGCACAAACAGCUCAAGGUGCCCUAUCAAAAAGCGUUGGCGAUCCGAUCCGCCAUUCCACACCCCCUGACCAUGGGCAUCAUUCGAGAAUGUGGUGGAAAAAUGCAUUUGCGUGAAGAGCUGUGGACGCGUGCUUAUGAAGACUUUUUCGAGGCCUUCAAGUCCUAUGACGAAAGUGGCAGCCCCAAGAAGAUUACUUGCCUCAAGUAUCUUGUCUUGGCCAACAUGCUCAUGAAAUCAGAUGUCGAUCCUUUUGACGCCCAAGAGAGCAAACCUUAUCGCAACAAUUCCCAGAUUGAGGCAAUGACCAGCCUAGUCAGCGCCUAUCAAGCUGGCGACAUCAAGGGGUUUGAGAAGAUUCUUCGCCAAAACAAGUCCACAAUCAUGAACGAUCCCUUUAUCUCAGACUACAUCCAAGACUUGUUGACCAACGUGCGAACCAAGGUCAUCGUCGAGCUGGUGCGCCCGUACACCAACAUUCGCCUCGACUUCAUUGCCGAGCGCCUCGCCAUUGAUCGGAGCCAGGUUGAGGAGCUCAUUGUUGAAUGCCUGCUUGACAAGAGUAUACGAGGCCAGAUCGACCAGCUUCGAGGAAUUUUGAUCUUAAGCCAGGAGCAAGCAGUUGCACGUUACGAGUCCUUGGCCACGUGGCAAAACGCCGUGCAUGACUUGCAAAGCAAACUGACGGCCAUAUAA